UCAACAGUGAGUUUCCUGCCCACCCAGAUGAUGGAGCAGCUCCAGUUUCCCCAGUCCUCGUCCCCUUGUGUCUCCCAGCAGCACCCAGGCCAACAGUACGCAGGGUUGUUACCACCGGCCCCCAGCAGUGGCAUGGUGAUGCUGCAAAUGACAGCGCCCCCAUGCCAGCAGCCCCGGGCCCCCUCCCCCUGCCAGCGGAAACAGCCCGGCUACAAACACCCAGGGCCCGAGAACCAGCGCAGCCGCAGGCCUGCUGAGCUCCCACCGCUUCCAGACAUCACCCAGAGCAGCCUGCCCUCGUCCCCGGCGCUCACUCCCUCGCCAGGCCAGCUGCCCAGCGUCAAGGGCCUCCCACCAGGCAUCUCGCCCAUCCCUGUCAUGGCCCACCACCCCCAGCUCCCUACAGCCUUCUGCCACAGUGGACAAGGUGAAGCCCACUACUCUCUACUGGGCCAACCUCUGCAUUACAAACCCUCCAUCAGACAUCCGCUGAUCAACACUGCCCACAUGGUUACCAAACACCAGGGUCCACUGGGGGUUUGGCGUAGCGGUCAUGGGAGGAAGGCCAGCAGAAAAUCUCUGUCUUCAGAUCUCAGUGUAGGUGAAGCAGUGAGCACUCACAUCCUGGAAGUGACAGAUCCUCCGGAGGGGAUCAGCUGUACAGACUCCAACCUCCUCCCAGCAGAGCUCUGCGAAGGGGGCGAACUGAUCCCGCGGCUGUUGGACCACCAGCCCUGGCUGCGAAACACAACCAGAGACGCUCCCAGCAGAGACCUGGCCCCAUCACACUCUAUCUUUGCCGUGCUACCUUCCAGAUACGCUGUCCCAAGCACCACGCUCCACCACCGCAGCCCCCGGGCUUCCUUUUAAACUCCGAAUAAACACCAGACACAAAGCCGGCUCAUAGCUGCCGAGAUCUCGGUGCAUCUAAGGAGCGCCACAUCAACGCACAUCCAACCACCUGCCUCUGCUGCCUCAGUCUGGACUGUCUCCCAGACCCUGUCCAAAUCAAGAACAGUAUCUAAUGAUUUGAAGAAUGAAUGUUUCUUUUUUUUAUUAUUUUGUUUUAGUUUCUUUUUAAAUUUUCUCUGGCCAACAGGCAGCAGCACCCACCACUUCGGGUUUGUUAGUAAAAUGGCCACUGAGUUAAAUCUGAGGCUUCCUCUUUUCUAAAAAAAACAGUUUGUUGUUUAAAAGUGAAAGUGUUCAGAGAGCUUUAGGAUUUAUUUGCCAGCUAAGAUGUUUGUGUCUCCACUCUGGCUCAUUUCAUAGCAGGUGUACGAGUGUGACAGCAGCAUCAUAUCCAGCAAAACAUACACAUAAUCAACCAGAGUCUGGUUCAAGAAGGUUUUUGUGCCCACUUUUGAAGAUUAGAGCAUAUAAUUUCAUAUCAAUUUCGCAUUCAUAUCAAAUUAAGUUAAUUUAAUUGAUUCAAUCAACUUAGAUCAGUAAAGUUGUCGCUGUGCUCCAGUUUGAAACUGAAGUAAUCUCUUGUUAGGCUCACGUGAACGGGUGUCGUCUCUUGUAUAACAUGCUCCCAACAAUAAAACACGCCGCAGCACUUGUACCAUGUGAGCCCAUACAAUAAUAAACACUGAAUAAUAGAUCCACUACCUGAAUAAUUUAACAUCACGGUUCUACACAGUGAAUGUUGCGUUUGCACUGAAGUGACGAUCAAGGAUGGAGAUUUGAUUGAAAUCAGACGGGGCCUGGAUUUUCCUCUCUUAGCCCCCUCAUACAUGUGUGUUGCACUCAGCCAGGCCACUUUCUUUUAUAUUUAAUUAAAAAUGUUUAUAUGCA